CUGUCAAAUACCCACACACACAGAAACAGGUGGAUGACCUGCUGGUUGCCAUGGAGAAGGUGAAGCAGGAACUGGACGUGAUGAAGGCCAAGCUGUCAUCAACUCAACUCUCACUGGCUGAGAAGGAAGGUCACCUGACGUCGCUGCGGGCCGAGCGGCGGAAGCACCUGGAGGAGGUCCUGGAGAUGAAGCAAGAGGCGCUGCUGGCAGCCAUCAGUGAGAAAGACGCCAACAUCGCCCUGCUGGAGCUCUCCUCCUCCAAGAAGAAGAAAACCCAGGACGAGGUGGCAGCUCUGAAGCGGGAGAAGGAUGGUCUGGUUCAUCAGCUCAAACAGCAG